UCAUCCGGCGACGACGUUUCCGUACGGUGUCAUUAGCCGAGUGCGCGUGGGUUUCACUCUUCAACAAAUCCUGCUGAAGUUACAGCGAAUAGAUCAGAAUGACGGAACGCAAAGGAACAGCAAAACUUGACUUCUUGAGGAAGAUUGAGGAGGAGGUUCAGCAGAAAUGGGAGCAGGAAAAGAUGUUUGAGAUUGAUGCUCCAACCACCUCUGAGGAAAAUACAAAUAAGAACAAGUACUUUAUUACGUUUCCUUACCCGUACAUGAAUGGGAGACUUCACCUUGGACAUACGUUCUGCCUGUCGAAGUGUGAGUUUGCAAUAGGUUACCAGCGGCUGAAAGGAAAGCAAUGUCUUUUCCCAUUUGGACUUCAUUGCACUGGGAUGCCCAUCAAAGCAUGUGCAGACAAGCUGAAGAGAGAAAUGGAGCUGUAUGGAAACCCGCCGCAAUUCCCUGAGGAAGAUGAAGAGGAGGAAGAGCAGAAGAAGAUCACCGAUGAGGUCAUCAUUAAGGACAAGUCAAAGGGCAAAAAGGUAAAUGUGUACACCAUUUACUCUCCAAAAGAUGGGCAGCCCUGCAUGGACCAUGACAGACAGACAGGAGAGGGAGUUGGGCCUCAAGAGUACACCCUGAUUAAGAUGAAGAUUGUGGAGCCUUACCCAGCAAAAUUGAGUGGCCUUAAAGGCAAGAAUGUUUUUCUGGUGGCUGCGACUCUGAGGCCUGAAACCAUGUUUGGUCAGACGAAUUGCUGGAUUCGGCCAGAUAUGAAGUACAUUAUAUUUGAGACGGCCAACGGUGAGCUGUUCAUCAGCACGCAGCGGUCAGCCAGGAACAUGUCCUACCAGGGCUUUACCAAAGAGAAUGGAGUGGUUCCUGUCAUCAUGAACAUCAUGGGCCAGGACAUCCUUGGCUGCGCAUUGAGUGCCCCCCUCACCUCAUACAAGACCAUUUAUGCCCUGCCAAUGCUCACCAUUAAAGAAGACAAAGGAACUGGAGUCGUCACCAGUGUUCCGUCAGAUGCUCCUGAUGAUAUCGCCGCUCUGAGGGACAUUAAAAAGAAACAGGCUUUGAGAGAGAAGUAUGGAAUUCAAGAUUAUAUGGUUCUACCGUUUGAGCCGGUACCCAUCAUUGAGAUUCCAGGUUAUGGGAACCUGUCGGCUCCUCUGGUUUGUGAUGAACUAAAGAUCCAAAGCCAGAAUGACAGAGAGAAACUGGCUGAGGCCAAAGAGAAGGUCUACCUCAAGGGCUUUUAUGAAGGGAUCAUGUUAGUGGAGGGUUUCAAGGGACAGAAGGUCCAGGAUGUUAAGAAGCCCAUUCAGAAGAUGAUGGUGGAGAAGGGGGAGGCGAUGAUCUACAUGGAGCCGGAGAAGCAGGUCUUAUCUCGGUCUGCAGACGAGUGUGUUGUGGCAUUGUGUGAUCAAUGGUAUCUGGAUUAUGGCAAUGAGGAAUGGAAAAAGCAAGCUACGGGCGUCCUGGAGGCUCUUGAGACGUUCUGUGACGAAACCAGGAAGAACUUUGAAGCAACAUUGGCUUGGCUUCAGGAACAUGCCUGCUCCAGAUCGUAUGGGCUAGGAACCCGGUUGCCAUGGGAUGAACAAUGGCUCAUUGAGUCCCUGUCGGACUCCACAAUCUAUAUGGCUUACUACACCGUGGCACAUCUCCUCCAGGGAGGGGUCCUCAACGGACAAGGACCCUCGCCACUGGGAAUUAGAGCCGAGCAGAUGACGAGGGAGGUGUGGGAUUACAUCUUCUUCAAAACAGCACCUUUCCCAAAGACGGACAUCCCAAAGGAAAAGCUGCAGAAGCUCAGGAGGGAGUUUGAGUUCUGGUACCCUGUAGAUGUCAGAGUAUCAGGGAAAGAUCUGGUGCCAAACCACCUCUCCUAUUACCUCUACAAUCAUGUAGCCAUGUGGCCCAAUGACAGUGGCAAAUGGCCAAAAGCAGUACGUGCCAAUGGUCAUCUUUUGCUAAACUCUGAAAAGAUGUCCAAAUCCACUGGCAACUUUCUCACUUUGAGUCAAGCCAUUGCCAAGUUUUCAGCAGAUGGUAUGCGUUUAACUCUGGCUGAUGCUGGGGAUACGGUAGAGGAUGCUAACUUUGUCGAGGCCAUGGCAGAUGCAGGAAUAUUGCGUCUCUUUACAUGGGUGGAAUGGGUGAAAGAGAUGAUCGCCAAUCAGAACAACCUGAGGACCGGACCAGUGGACACGUUUAAUGACAGAGUAUUUAUUAGUGAAAUGAAUUCCAGCAUCAUUAAAACAGAGCAGCACUUUGAGAGAAUGAUGUACAAAGAGGCAUUGAAGAGCGGUUUCUUUGAGUUCCAGGCCGCCAAGGAUAAAUACAGGGAGUUGGCCAUCGAGGGCAUGCACAGGGAUCUUGUGUUCCAGUUUAUCGAGAACCAAACACUCCUGCUGGCUCCCAUCUGCCCCCACCUGUGUGAACACACCUGGUCCCUGCUGGGGAAGAGCAGUUCUAUAAUGAAGGCUCGCUGGCCUACAGCCGGUCCAGUGGAUGAGAUCUUGAUUCGAUCCUCACAGUAUUUGAUGGACACUGCCCAUGACCUCCGUCUUCGCCUGAAAGCUUACACACAACCGGCCAAGGGCAAGAAGGGAGACAACAAACCACCAGCUAAGCCCACACACUGCACCAUCUACGUAGCAAAGACCUACCCGCCAUGGCAGCACAGCGCCCUCUCUCUGCUGGGCAAACAUUACAAGAGCAACAAUGGAGCUCUACCUGACAAUAAGGUCAUCGCCAUGGAGCUGGGUGCCAUGCCGGAGCUGAAGAAAUACAUGAAGAGAGUGAUGCCCUUUGUAGCCAUGAUAAAGGACAACCUAGAGAAAAACGGGCCCAGGGUUCUUGAUCUAGAGCUGGAGUUUGACGAGUGUGCUGUCCUACUGGAGAACAUCGUUUAUUUGACUAAUUCACUUGAGUUGGAUCAGAUAGAUGUUGUGUUCGCCUCUGAAGCGGAUGACAAAGUGAAGGAGGACUGUUGCCCUGGGAAACCGUUCUGUGUCUUCAGAUCCGAGUCUGGAGUGUUAGUGUCACUGGUGAACCCUCAGCCAGCCAACGGUCUGUUCUCCACCAGGAUUGACAUCCGACAGGGAGACAGCAAAGACAGCAUCAUCCGCAGACUAUCCCGCGUCAACCGAGGCAUCAAGGAUUUAUCCAAAGUGAAGCUGAUGCGUUUUGAGGACCCAAUCCUCGGACCUCGGAGAAUCCCAGUUUUGGGGAAGGAAGAGGAGGGUAAGAUCCCCAUCUCAAACAGUUCAGUCUUCCACGUCAACCUGCAAGAAAACAAAGUUCAUAUGAGUGAUAACGGCCUGAAAAUGGACAUCGGGGACACAUUAAUAUACCUGGUCCAGUGAUAUCUGAGGUUUUUUGUUUUUGUUUUUUCCCCUCAUAUGAUUAUCUUGACAUACAUCUGCAAACAGUAAUGAUUAUAUUGACUGCUUAAUUUAGCUGGCAUUUAGUCUCUGUGCAUCUAGUGAACUCCUCUCUCUGCAUCUGGUAAGUGUUCUAUUUAAGCGUCUGCAGUGUCUGAAUAACAUCAAUAAUAUAUUCCUAUCCAUUUUCUAGCUUUUUAAGUAGUAAAAGAGAACUAACUGUACACCCCAUUCAUACACAUAAAUGGCAUUGGAAAUAUUCAUACUUUGUGAACUCUACAUAUGACAUUUGAAGGUGGUCUUGUAUUUUCAUAAUGUUUAUACCAGUCUAUUGGUUUUAAAAUCCAUCCGCUGUUUUAAAUAGUUUGCAUACAGCUAUAGAAGUCCAAUUGAGGAUGUUAUCUUUUCACUGUAAAACCUUAAAAGGAAGCUUUGUUUUCUUCCUUACUUCCCCCUGUAAAAUGAUAUGUAUUGAGUGAACACUUAAUAAAUUAAUGCAAGUGAAAU